AUGUCUGGUCUUCUCAACUCGCGCUGGGCUCCCGGCGCGAGGGAGCACCAUGCGCCUCCAAAUGCUCCAUCCCGAUUCUCGCGCUCUCAAUUCCGGAGCCAGAGUGCCCAGCGAAGCAGUCCCACAACAGCUACCCCAUCCGUGCUGUCCCCAUCCGAGGAGCUGGCGCGCUUCAUGAAGAUCGUCUCCCGGCUGCGCUGGAAGCUGCCCUUUCUUGCAGAGGGUUACCGUCUGGCCACCCAGUCCACCGAACAUGCAGAAGUCUCCCAUGCGGAGAUCAUGUUCAAGAUCGACUUCCACGAGUACUACGCGCUUCUCGAGCGCGCCAUUGUGCACCUGCUGGGCGUGUUCAACAUCACGGUCUCCUCGUCCUUCCGGGGUACCCAGAUGAAUGGGAACGGGCGAGUUGGGGUCCAUCGGUACCAUGCAAACGUGCUAGAGGCCCUAGAAGAAGAGACCAGUCCGUUAUCGCCCGUUCUGGGCAGCGGACAUGUUCUCAAGCAGCUCAAGCAGGCGAAGGAACUCCGCAAUCGCUGGAAGACGGCCGACAUGACCCAGGAAGAGAGAGAGAAAGACCCCGUUGCUGCCAAUAGGGCGGUGAUGCCUCUCGCGAGCUAUGAUUUUGAGACCAUCUUGACCGAGAUCUUUGGGGGGUUAGAAGAGGCAUAUGUGCGUGCGCGGGAACAUGUUGACAAAUGUAGAAGACCCGAAGAGAGCACUGAAUCGCCAUUAUUGGAUUCGGAGGCGGACUGGGAGUUCAUGGUGGAUGCAAUGGAUUGGGAAGCUGUGUGA